GGCCGCUCCCCGCGGCGGCAGAUCCGCGCCGAGGGGCUGAGCUGUGACUACAGCAUCCUCUUCGGCCGGGCGGAGGCUGACGAGAUCUUCCAGCAGCUGGAGCGGGAGGUGGAAUACUUCCAAG